AUGGCAACUGCCAACCUUCAAUUCAAAACAAACUAUUCAGUUUUAAGCAAGAUCGAGCCUUUUUACAAAGGUGGAAAAGUUCAGGUCAGCAAGGAUGAGCAGUUCAUGUUUUGCAUUAGUGGCUCUCAUGUGAAUGUGUUAGAAAUCUGCACGGGAAAGAUCGUCCAUAGAAUUGAACACGAUGAUCAAGAGGACAUAACAUCCUUUGCCCUAAGCUGUGAUGAUGAGCUGCUUGUCACAGCCAGUCGGGCUCUGCUGCUGAAGCAGUGGGACUGGAAACAAGCUCAAUGCACUCGUUCUUGGAAGGCUAUUCACACAGUACCUGUGGCCAGCAUGAGCUUUGACCCUACUUCAACUCUAGUUGCCACAGGGGGUUGUGAUGGUACCAUAAAACUGUGGGAUGUAGUAAAGCAAUACUGCACCCACAACCUCAAAGGGUCAUCAGGUGUAGUUCAUCUUGUUCAGUUUCAUCCUGAUGCCCAGAAGCUCCAGCUCUUUUCCUCCUCGUUGGACUAUGGCAUCCGCAUGUGGGACCUUCGCUCCAGUCAGUGUGUGUGUGUGCUGCAGAGCCACUUCAGUGCAGUCACAGAUCUUAGUUUCAGCGGUGACGGCCAAACUAUGAUCAGUUCAGGACGAGAUAAAAUCUGUACAGUUUGGGACUUAAAAACCCAAAAUGUGAAACGGACAGUUCCUGUUUAUGAGGCAGUAGAGGGUGUGGUAUUGCUAAACGAAGAAGGUGACUUCUCUGAAAUUGGUGUGCAAAAUAAAGGACUGCAUUUUAUAACAGCAGGAAGCAAAGGUUUGUUAAGAGUGUGGGAAGCCAGCACUGCGCGUUGUGUCUUUACGCAGGUUCCUCCUGCAACCUUAACCUCUUCUGACGAUGGUGAAGAUAAAGAGGAUGACCCCCGGAGUCUGACAUACCUGCUACCUUUAGCAAACUCAUCCAGACUUGCUACAGUAACUGCGGAACAUAACAUACUUAUCUACCAACUGCCGGCUCUGAUGACGCAACAACAGUUUGUCGGGUAUAAUGAUGAAGUGCUGGAUGUCAAGUUUUUGGGGAAAGCAGACAGUCACAUUGUGGUGGCUACAAACAGCUGUCAAAUCAAAGUCUUUGAGUUGCAAACUAAUAGCUGCCAGAUUCUUUACGGGCAUACAGAUAUUGUCCUCUCUUUGGAUGUUUUCAAAAAAGGAUCACUUUUUGCCAGCUGUGCUAAGGACCGGUCAGUGCGUGUGUGGCAGAUGGACGAUGACAGUGGUCAAGUGCACUGUGUGGCUUAUGGCUUGAGUCACACUAAUGCUGUGGGCUCUAUUGCAUGUUCUAAAUUGAAAGAAUCAUUCAUAGUCACUGGAAGUCAGGAUUGUACCAUAAAGGUCUGGGAUCUCCCUCAGAACUUGUCUAAUACAGAACAGGAGCAGCUCACCGCACGGACCACCGAGAAGGCUCAUGAUAAAGAUGUUAACAGUGUGGCUGUGUCGCCCAAUGAUAAGCUGCUUGCCUCUGGAUCGCAGGACCGCACUGCUAAGUUGUGGACUUUGGGGGUUGAGGGCCUUGGGCUCCUGGGAGUGUUUCGAGGUCAUCGACGUGGUGUGUGGGCAGUUAGCUUCUCUCCUGUUGAUCAGGUGCUGGCUACGUCCUCUGCUGAUGGGGCCACCAAGCUCUGGGGGCUGCAGGACUUCGGCUGUCUAAAGACUUUUGAGGGACAUGAUGCAUCUGUGUUGAAAGUUGUCUUUGUAAGCAGAGGAACACAGCUGCUCACCAGUGGCUCUGAUGGGCUGGUAAAGCUUUGGACAAUAAAAACAAAUGAAUGUGUGAAGACACUGGAUGCCCACCAAGACAAAGUGUGGGGACUCCACAACAGUCGGAAAGACGACAAGAUGGUGACCGGAUCAGCUGAUUCCAACAUCACUGUGUGGCAGGAUGUUACCAAAGUGGAGCUAGCUGAAGAACAAGCCAAGCAGGAAGACCAGAUAAUCAAACAGCAGGAGUUGUCUAACCUUCUCCAUGAAAAGAAGUACCUGAAAGCUCUCGGCCUCGCAAUCUCUCUGGACCAGCCCCACACUGUGCUCACUGUUAUCAAAGCAAUCCGGCAAACAGAAAAAAGUGAAGAAUUGUUGGAGAGGACGCUACUGAAACUUCGUCAGGAUCAAAAAGAGUCACUGCUGCGAUACUGCGUGGUCUGGAACACGAAUGCCAGAAACUGCCACCAGGCUCAGGCCGUGCUGAGAGUCCUGCUCACCCACCUGCCCCCAGAGGAGCUGCUGCAGUACCAGGGCACCAGAGCACACCUGGAGGGCCUCAUCCCCUACACAGAAAGACACAUGCAGCGCAUUGGGAAUUUGAUGCAGUCGUCCAUGUUUUUGAACUACAUGUGGCAGAAAAUGAGAGUAGUCGGCACGACAGCCAGAAUGGAUCAAGAUGAAGAGAUGGACACCUCUCCUCUAGGAUCAGCCCAGCCUUUCUCUGUGACGGAUAAAGAAAAGCCAUCAGACUGCGGUGAUAAAGAAGAAGGGGACAGCGACUGUGAAGAGGAAGAAAUGGCAAACGGUUCAAACGUGAACGAGGAAGAAGGGGCCGAGGAGGUUAGUGCCACAAACAAAGCCUCCGCUGUCAGGACGAGACAAAAUGGAGCCCAAACAAACGGGAAUCACUCUGACAGCGAUGGGAGUUCAGAAGACGAAGGAGAGGACAAGAGCGUGGAUCACAUGGCGUUUAAAGAGAUGAACAUUAUUUCAAAAUUAGAGACACUGGCCAGCUGA